AUGGAUCAUGCAGUGAUAGUAAGAAAAGUGUGGAAAGAAAAUCUUGUAGAAGAGUUCGAUCUUAUUAAGGUAGCAUUGAUGAGCUAUCACAUGGUGUCAAUCGACACAGAAUUCCCUGGUAUUGUGUACCGUCCCGCUAAUGUCGACAAGCACGAACUCGGAAAACUCCCUCCGAUCUGGAACUACCAGAACCCAGAAUCGAUCGAGUUACUUGAGCGCCAAGGAAUCGAAUUUGACAAGAACUUGAAGGAGGGUAUUAUUGACUAUGCCGACUUUGCUGCAUUGAUGUUGGAAUCUGGGUUGUUGGGCGAUCACUCUGCUUUCACUUGGGUUACCUUUCAUGGUGCCUAUGACAUUGCCCACUUGAUGAAAAUCUUGAUUCGGCAACCACUGCCGUAUGAUCUGAUGGGGUUUAUGAACCUGGUGCAGCGCAUCUUUGGGAAAAGGCUUUUCGACUUGAAGCAUAUGAUGAAGUUUUGCGAUGGCCUUUAUGGGGGUUUAGAGAAAGUGGCUAACACUCUGGGAGUGCAACGUUUGGCUGGGAAAAGUCACCAGGCUGGGUCAGAUACCUUGUUGACUCUGCAAACUUUCAGAAAGUUCUUGGACGUGCACUUCAAAGAAAAUAACAACGGUGGACUCAGACAUAAUGGGCAUUUGUUGACGAGGAUGCAGUGUGUUCUUCACGGCUUGGAGUUGAAUAAUUGCUUUCAUCAAUUCAAUAAUGCCGGCCUGAAGAUUAUUACUCGUGGCUUUCAUGGGUUAAAUCUGAAUUUGUAUAGACAAUAUGCAAUAUGUAAUUGA